CCCACGUUGUGUCAGCAGGAAGAGAAUAGUGUUGACCGUCCUCUGGCGGAGUUUGUGGUGUGUAAUACACAUAUUUAGACCUGCUGAACAGCAUGGAGCGGCAAUAGCACAUUUUGUGCGUAGCCCGCAGAAGGUGCUAAUACCCGGGGUAUAAACGACCUGCAGCGAUGUCAGUAAACCGGUGUAUGUAUUUGUUUUCUCGGCUUCAACGCCACAUUAGCACCCGGACUGGCCGCACUACCGCUGGCAGCUGUCAUGUGUCUUGUGGGUCUGGUUUGUUACAUCAACAACAACAACAACAACAACAGGCUGGUGCUGGGGUCUGCAGCAGAAAUUUCUCCUCAAACAGUUCUUCUCCAAAACCCCCGGACACCUCUCUGUUUGUCCCCGUCUCUCUGAAGACUGACUUCUCGGCAGAUGGGAGCGUGGGGAUAGAGCUGACACAACCACUCGAUAAAAAUGAACUGUUGAAAGUUCUGAACCGGUUUUAUAAGAAGAAGGAGAUUCAGAAGAUGGCAGCAGACCAUGGCCUGGAUGCUCGUCUGUUCCACCAGGCCUUCAUUAGCUUCAGGAAGUAUGUUCUGGAAAUGACAUCACUCCCCGCCGAUCUGCACAUCAUCCUGAGUGACAUCUGCUCUGGAGCAGGUCAUGUAGAUGACAUAUACCCGUACUUUAUGCGUCACGCCAAGCAAAUCUUUCCUAUGCUGGACUGUAUGGAAGACCUGAGGAAGAUCUCAGACCUCCGAGUCCCAGCCAACUGGUACCCUGAGGCUCGUGCCAUCCAGAGGAAGGUGAUUUUCCAUGCUGGACCCACUAACAGUGGUAAAACCUACCACGCUAUCCAGCGCUACCUGGCUGCUAAGUCUGGAGUCUACUGUGGCCCGCUGAAACUACUGGCCCACGAGAUCUUUGAGAAGAGCAACAAUGCCGGUGUGCCAUGUGACUUGGUUACUGGAGAGGAGAGGACCUUCAUGGACUCGGAUGGUCGAGCAGCUGGUCAUGUGGCCUGCACCAUUGAGAUGUGCAGUGUCACCACACCUUAUGAGGUGGCUGUAAUCGAUGAAAUUCAAAUGAUCAGAGAUCUCUCCAGAGGCUGGGCCUGGACCAGAGCGCUGCUGGGUCUCUGUGCAGAGGAGAUCCAUGUGUGCGGGGAACCAGCAGCCAUAGACUUUAUCAGAGAGCUGAUGUUCACCACUGGAGAGGAGGUGGAGGUCAACACCUACCAGCGUUUAACUCCAUUCACAAUCUUGGACCAUGCUGUGGAGUCAUUAGACAACUUGAGACCAGGAGAUUGCAUCGUCUGCUUCAGUAAAAAUGACAUCUACUCCAUAAGUAGACAGAUUGAGGCCAGAGGACUAGAAUGUGCUGUCAUUUAUGGGAGUCUACCUCCAGGCACCAAGCUGUCGCAGGCCAAGAAGUUCAAUGACCCCGAUGAUCCCUGCAAGAUACUGGUUGCUACAGAUGCUAUUGGCAUGGGCCUUAACCUGAGUAUAAAACGUAUCAUCUUCAACAGUCUGAUAAAGCCAAAUGUUAACGAGAAAGGGGAGAAACAGAUGGAGGCCAUCAGCACAUCACAAGCUCUGCAGAUAUCUGGCCGCGCCGGGAGGUUCUCCUCCAAGUUUAAAGAGGGAGAAGUUACCACCAUGCACAGAGAUGAUCUGCCUGUUCUGAAGGAAAUCCUCAGCCACUCCGUAGAACCCAUAGAGACUGCAGGUCUCCAUCCUACAGCAGAGCAGAUAGAGAUGUUUGCCUAUCAUCUACCGGAUGCUACACUGUCAAACCUUGUCGACAUAUUUGUCAGCCUGUCUCAGGUGGACGGUAUGUAUUUUGUCUGCAACAUUGACGACUUCAAGUUUCUGGCUGAUAUGAUUCAGCAUAUCCCACUUAACCUGAGGUCACGCUACGUCUUCUGCACCGCUCCCAUCAACAAGAAACAACCUUUUGUAUGCACCUCCUUCCUAAAGUUUGCCCGUCAGUUCAGUCGAGACGAACCCCUGACAUUUGACUGGGUCUGUCGCCACGUUGGCUGGCCUCUGUCUGCACCCAAAAACAUAAAAGACCUGGUUCACUUAGAAGCUGUUCAUGAUGUGUUCGAUCUGUACCUCUGGUUAAGCUAUCGUUUCAUGGACAUGUUCCCAGACACGGCCUUGGUUCGAGAAACCCAGCGGGAACUUGAUGACAUCAUACAACAGGGUGUCCGAAAUAUCACCCGUCUCAUAAGAGCGACUGACCCAACCAUCACUGACUCACUACAGACACAGGGCAGACAAGCGGUUGGUAAUAGUGGAAGUGCCAGCAGUAGUUAUUCGACCCAUAGCAGAGGCCAAAGGGGACAAAGAGGCUCAGGGGAGAUGAUGGACCGCUCUCUGGCUAGUCGCCUGGUGAGAGACGGGCUGUUGACUCCUGAUUUGCUCCGGCAGCUGCAGAGGGAGUGGUCCAAAGAUCAGAAGCAAGAAUUCUCCAAUCAGAGCGCACUCGAUACAGAACAUCACCACAACAACAACAACAACAAAGGGAAACGAAAAAAGAAGAAGAAAUGAAGAGAACACAAAUGGGUCAAUGCUGUUCCCAUGAAGAUCCAUAACUGAUACAAGCCUUGGAUAAUAUCUGAUGGUUUGUUUCAAACGAAUCCCGUUUUCCAGCCCUGGAAGGAUCGUAAAGAGCUUUGAGCUGAAGCUAUAAAAAUAAAGUCACCAAAAUGCAGUUUGAACACAAGAGCAGUGUUUGAUUAUGGGCAUUUGGUCCGGACUGAGACUGACACCUGAAUACUGGGUUAUACAAUGUUUUCAUUUGAUUUACUUGUUUUGACUGUGCUAAACACUCGUUUUAUUUUCUCCCAUUUUAGUGAGAGCAUCAAAUAACUCCCAGAAUCUAAUUUUUAAAACGGUCGAAUAUGCCCAACAACAAACUUUACUGACUUCACUUGAAUUUGGCUUAGUAGAAAUAGACCCGUUGUCGGGGGUUAUUGUGGGAGAUGCCAUGUCCUGGCUAAGCUACCGGCCCAUAGUUGUAACUAGAAAACUGACCAGCAACAUGGUUUACCACAAAGUUUCAGUGGACAAAUUUCACUUUAUGAGGUUUUUUAAUAUUAAUAUGCGUUCCCCCAGCCUGUCUAUGGUCCCCCAGUGGCUAGAAAUGGCGAUAGGUGUAAACCGAGCCCUGGGU